AUGGCUGCGUUCAUGGACGAAAUACGCGUAUGCGCCAAGCUAGAGCACCCAAAGGUGGUGGGCUUCCUCGGUAUUAUGUGGGCUAGUCUGUCGGAUCUCUCGGCUAUUGUGGAAUACGCUCAACACGGGAGUCUUGCGGUAUUUCUGAAAGAGAAAAAAACCAGUCGGAAGGUUUCGUUCACUUGGAUGGAGUCGUCCAGCGAAUCCCCGAGUAAACUUUCAAUUGCAUUGCAAGUGUCCGAGGCGCUCGUGUAUCUGCAAAGCUUUGCACCUCCAAUCAUACACGGCCACUUGAAAGCAGAUAGUCUGCUGCUGGGAUCGGCGUGGGAAGUCAAGCUGAAUCGACUCGGCUACAGAUUGGACACAUCUUCGUUAUCGAUCGAGGAUCGGGCAUGGACAGCUCCGGAAGUUUUGACGAGUGGCGAGUUUGAUGAGAAGUCGGACGUUUACUCGUUUGGAGUGGUCAUGUCCGAGUUGGAUCGCUGCAAACUGCCGUUUUCUCGAAAGGAGUCGCGACGUCAUAGCGUUGAUGGAUCAUCACUUAAGCCAAAGUUCCGAGAAGACUGCCCGCCGGAGGUUCUGGAAAUCGCACAGAGCUGUUUAAAGGACGACCCAGCUGACCGCCCCACGGUCAUGGAACUUCAUUACACUCUUCGGCAGCUUCAACGUCAGAGUCAGGAUCAACGCAGAGGCUCAACGGACAUGUAA